AUGACCCAGGACAUACGUACCGUAGCGAUUGUUGGCUGCGGAGUGAUUGGAAUGGGAUGGGCAACUCUGUUUCUGUCAAGGGGGCUCAAGGUCAUCAUCUCUGACCCCGCUGAAAAUGCGGAAAAUAUCCUCAAAGAAUAUUUCGAGCAGUCAAAGUCGUAUCUGGAAGGGUUUGGGGACUAUGAUGAGCUUGUCUCCAACUAUGAGUUUGUUAACGACAUCACACCGCGGUUAGCUGAGGCCGACUUUAUCCAGGAGAAUGGACCUGAGAGGCUUGAGUUGAAAAGGGGCCUUAUUGCAACAUUGGACAAACAUGCUCGGCCGGGUGUUGUGAUAGCAUCGUCCUCAUCCGGCCUGCCAUCUUCGGAAUUUAUACAGCAGUGCACGCAGGAUUCCACCCGUGUACUCAUCGGACACCCUUUCAACCCGCCCCACCUGAUUCCUUUAGUCGAAGUCGUUCCUCAUCCCGGCACAAGCAGUGAGUCUGUCAAUAUCACACUGAACUUCUACAGAUCUGUUGGGAAGAGGCCGAUACUUCUUCAUCACGAAGUCCCUGGCUUUGUAUCGAACCGCCUUCAAGCUGCUAUCAACAAUGAAGCGUAUAGUCUUAUCAGCAGGGGUAUCGUGUCUGCGGGGGAUCUCGAUGCAGCUGUCACAUCUGGACCUGGACUUCGUUGGGCUCUGACAGGCCCCAUUGCGACAAAUGCUCUUGGUGGCGGUGGCGGACCUGAAGGAUUUUCACAGCGUAUGGAGAGACUUGGGCCGGCGAUUCGUGGAUGGGAGGAUGAUAUUCUGAAACAUAGUUUUGACUGGAGCGAGCGGAGGAUGCUGGCACUCCAAGAGAGCGUGGACAAAAGCUUGGGAGCUGUUGAUUGGAAUAAGUUGGUGGAAGAACGAGACUUGGUGCUACUCCAGCUUUUGGCUGCGAAGGAGAAGAUGGCUUCUAUCUCAACACCGUCAAGUCACUAA